CAAAGUUUUAGUGCGAUAGCCUAUUUUAAACUAUUUUAUCUUGUAAAAUGUAACAAAAACUCUACAAAUGUAAUCUUCAAUCGUUGGUAACAUUCUCCACCUCUGUUGGGGGUUUCUAGUAUUCACCACUGACAACUUUUUAUCCACAAAGUAGGAGUUAAUCCAGGCAAACAUGGAAGACAAGGGGCUGGACUUUGCCAAGCCGCCGCUGGAGCCGGAUGAUCACUCCGGGGUCAAUCGAAGUGUGCCUCGGAGCAUUCUUAUGAGAGAGUCGGGCAUGAAACACAAGACGACCAAUGUGCCGGUGGAGCUGCAGUGGGCUGCAGAAGACAGGCUGGUCAUGCGAUCUCACGAGGACUUGCGUUGCCAGUUACCCGAUGUUUCUCGAUCAACCUUUCUAGUGGUAUUCAGUCCUGAUGGGAAAAAAGUAGCCUCAACCCAUGGCAACCACAAUGUUUACGUCACAGAUCUCACCACGGGCAAGAACAUCAAAACACUGACCGGCCACCCACGAACACCUUGGUGCAUUGCUUUCCAUCCGUCGUCCAAUCAGAUAUUGGCUUCCGGCUGCCUCGGAGGCCAAGUUCGCGUUUGGGACUUGUCAGGAGGAAGUGAAAUUUGGAUGGCUGAGAGUCAGACAGUUAUUGCGUCGUUGGCAUUCCACCCGAUUGACAGGAUGUUGGUUGUCGCUUCUUACAACGAACUCCACUUUUGGGACUGGAGCCAACCGGAGCCAUUCGCAAAGUGUUUUACCUCCAAUGAGAAGGAAAAAGUCAGGUACGUAGCGUUUGACACUCUGGGCCAUAAGCUGAUCACUGGGAUCGCCAACGCCCCGGUUCGCCCUGCGUCUCAGUGGGACCGAGUGGCGGCACCACAACCUCCACCCCCGCCCACUCAACAGAUGGACUCUGAGCGUAGAAUCACCAUCUGCUACCGCUACAUGGUGGAGCAGUACGAGCAGCUGGUGCAGCGGUACUGCGACUUGUCCAGGGCACGCUCAACACUAACUAUGGACCGUGGCACUGACCCGAUGGAACCCGAAGCAGAAACAUCGGAGAGUCAGAGAGCCCGAGCGUCCUCCGCUCCUCGCACUGCACCAAGCACCAGUCAGGGACAGUCCCGCGGAUCACUGGCGUGUGGGACGGACGAGGCGAGUGCGUCCCAUUCAUCCACAGAGUUCCUGUCCCCACCCCCGGGCGAAGAGACCAGUCCCCUACUACGUGUCCCACCAAGCUCGCCCUUGGCCAUCAGACGCUUCAAUAUAUCACUGCCAUCGUUCUCCAGUUUCAGGUCUAGAUCAUCGUCUGCCUCCUCGCCUCGCAUGGUCACUGUUGAGGGAGACAGCUCAGUCAGAUUCGCCCCAUACAGAUCUCAGCAGAACACCCAACCACAGACUCGCUCUAUGUCACGCCUAGCUCUCUCCCCAGAGACUAUUGGGUUCGACGACUCAAAUAGAGAGCGACUCCUGUCAACUGUGAGGACACCUAUAUUCUGGGGUUCCCGCAACGAGCCGUCUGACGGGACCAGCACGGAGGUGAACAGUGGAGUGGAGUCAGAGAACGAGGAGAUUGACGUUCAGAACGUCUCUCACAGUGAGGAGGAGUCACAGUCUAGCCCAGACAUCAGCCAACCGUCUCCCCAGGUCAACAACUCGCCCCGGACACCAAGGAGUGCAGAAAGCUCGGCUCGAAGGACCUCAGAAGCAUCCGUUUCACAGCUAAGGUCUCAGUUCCAUCGUUUGCAAAGUGUUUAUGAAAACCGAAACAACGCUUACUCUUCUCAUGCACAUGUGUUCAGUCCAGAGGCGCAAGCUGCUGAACGUAGACUGUUGACUCGUCUGAACGAGAUCCUAGAACGGCCGCUGCCUGAACCGAGGGCGCGGAGGUUCUUUGUGUCCCGACGUUCUGCCUUCCAACCUCGGCAGGCCAGCUCCACCCCCUCCGCUAGCACUGCCACCGCCUCAGCCGCAGCCACCACGUCUGAUGCCAUCGGUGGCGUGCGCUACGGCAUACAACUGCUCAGCAGACACAUCGACAACAUGCAGCGGCUCUGCAGGUCUGUAGCCAGACUGGAGAUUCUGCAGCUGCAGCAGAUCCGGCGCAUGUGGGAAGAUCUUCAAAGUCAGAUAUACGCUCUGCACGGCGCUGUGCAAGGCGGCGGAUCUGCACCAGCCACUGGCGCCAGUGCUGCCACUACGCCAGCUGCAACAUCUACCCCACCUGCAACAUCUACCCCACCGACCACCGCAGCAGCGGACUUGCUUACUGACGAUGACUCUGACGAUCCGGGCAAUAAUGGCGAGCUGCAUUGGAGACAAAGGAGGACGCCACAGACCAAUCGAAGACAUGUCCCACCGACCAUCCGACCCUCCAAUAGGUUCAGAACUAGAGUGCUAAAUGAUCAGUUCAGGUUCAGCUCUGUACAUCGCUACCACAUGAGGCAUCUCAACAGGCGAGCUUCUUCAUCAACUCAGGCGACCAGUGAAGGCGAGAGAGGCGAGGCGUCGUCCAGUCAAGUGUCGAGUACGAGUGAUGAGCGAGGCUCGGAGAGAGGAGUCAAACGCAAAAAUCAGGACCGUGACUGUGACCCUCUGUUCCGCCCUCGGCCUGCCUCUACCCCCUCCACGACUUCUACCACCACACCCAACCCUGGACCUAGCACUAGCACCAGCAGGACUGCGGCCGCCAUGUCUGCGGCUGGUUCUAGUCUCCCUGCAGUGAUACGCGAGACCAUCGUCCAGUUGGAGAACGCAUUGUGGCGCCACGGCAACCCGAGACACAACAUGUUGCGCAACACUCGGUUGUCCAGGUUUACAAGGCAACGGGAGGAGCGCAUGAUGAGAAACCUCUGGGACACUGAAAGCAGCCAUGAAUCAAGUAGGGACGAUCAGUCAGAAGGGGACACUUCACAACAAAGCCCCCCGUGGGAGGCGGAUAACAAUGAUACAGACUGGACUAGAGAGUCUACUAGAAUGAGGGCUAGGCAAGUGCUGUUGUUGAUGGUCGACAGCCUAACAAACUUUUUUGAAAAUGACAACCUGACUCAGCGGCCCACCUCAAAUGAAGCUCUCAAUGAUAGAAUCAACAAUCUGUACGUGCUACUACAAUUGGCUCUCAACCUCACUGAUCUCUUACUUGCUCAACUUGUCCACUCAAGGAGAGAGUUAGAAGCAAGGCGCAGCAGUAUGCUGGACUCUAGCCAGAAUAGACACGGCCUACGACCGUCUCGGUACUCGCGCAGCCGCACGUCUCUGGCCUGGCGCAGGAUACUGAGGCGAGCUCCACCAGCAGGUACAGGCACUGGCGACCAGCCGACACCCAGGAGGGCGGCUACUAGCAACAAUGGUUCAGUCAACAGAGGCGUGACCGCACGACACGCGGUGUUUCGCCCCGGUAGUCUGCCUCACCCCACGCCCCGGCCGCCCAUCGUGCCUGUCGUAAGGGUCAAUGACCUGCCUGCGCCCCCAGCAGAGUCCACCCCUGCACCUCGCAACCGACCCUACUCUCCACCCAUACCUCACCCCAUGAUGAUACCUCCGAGGUUCUUCUACUCGUCUGGCACUCGUUACACACCGUACACACCAGCCGAGUCAACCAGUGAAGACUCGUCACCCGCACAGGACAGAGGCAGUGACUUCUUUUUUAUGCGAGCCGGGUAUGGACCGAGCUCUGUGAUUCUAACAGAUACACCGAUGUCCCCCCACCACCGAAUACAAGCCUGGGACUUCUCCAAGUACAAACUGCCUGAUCUCGGAAAUGCGGAGAAGAACAUAGUAGUGAACGAGUGUAGGAUACACAACGACGCAAGUGUAGACAUGUCAAAGGAUGGACGUCUGUUGGUAACACUGCUUCCAUCUGGGCGGCAGAGCAUGACAACACUGCUCGGAGUGUACAGCCUACAAUGGAGCAACCUAGGCCAGCUGCUGUACAGGACCAGUUUUGAGCAGAGUAUUGUCUCCGUCAGUCUGUCUCCCACCACCAGACAUCUCGUAGUGGGACUGGCAUCGAGGAGAGUGGCUCUAGUCAGUUCAGACAGGCAUACCAACGCUCAGGUUUUCCAACUGGAAGGCGCUUUGUUGGGACAGGGAGGCCUGGGUCGUCUGCGCCACCAAAGAGACCUGGAUCUGACCCGUCACCUUGGCUUUAUGAGUCUAAACUGUAUCCGAUGGGCUCCCAGUCCAGGCCAAGGUCUGGUCUACGGCACCAACACUGGACACCUGCGGAUACUACGAUGAUCCGACAACCCUGUAUUUAAAGUACAUAUGUAAAUACCCCCUCGUAAGUGGUGACUACUGACGAUGUUUAUGUUAAUUCUCUACGCUAGGUGCUAUUUGUUUUAUUUGUUAGUUUUAUAUGUUUGUUAUUGAUUUUUGAGUGUGGAAUAAAAAUCUUCAAGGCCAGUUUUACCGAGAGAUCAAGCGUUUGAUGUUUUCGUGCACAGUUUGAGAUUGUACAAUUUUACAAUUGUAUCUUCAAAAAUCCCGAAACUAUGUUCGAUUUAGCAUUUGAAAAAUACAUACUUCUGAGGGGCCAUACAUUUUGUAUGCUGUGUCAAUAUAGGGAAUGCGUAAACUUUUGAGAAAAAUCCAGUAAUCUGAUAUUAAUAAAACAUGUGUAAGAAAAAUUUGCUAUAUCAAGUUCAGCACAAUACCAAAAGCACUCUUGGAUUUUAUAAAUUUCAGAUUUGUUUUUUAUCCUGCCUGUUCAAACUAGUGUUGUUCCCUCAAAAUUAAUAUGUAUGUGGUUUUUGUUUUACAUUAUUAACUAAGUAAUUAUAUUGCUGAUAUAACACAGUGCUUAAUAUAAUCUAUGUUAUUGUAAUGAAACUGGAAACAUUUUUGUGUUUACUGUAUGUACAGUACAGUAUGAAUCACAAAGUGAAUGGACUGAUAUUUUAUGUGAUAUGCACUUAUGUGUAAUCCGUUAAUAUAAUUGCAACUAUCUAUGGACCUGAAUCAAAGUGCAGCUCUAAGAGACAAUAUGUUUAUCCUGUGUUACUUGAACAAUAUUUUGUCAUAAAGCCACCAGAAUGUUACAAAAUAUUACAAAAUUAAUUUGUAUAUAUCGAGAAAAAGAAUUGUAUCAUUCAUCGGAAUCAGUGGUUGCUAAAAGUAUUUAUUUAUUAUAAAAUUUACAAAACUGU